CAUUUUCAUACAACCAAAUUCUUCUUCAUCUGCAAGACUGCAGCUACACAAAGUUGCAUCAUAGACCUCUCCUCCACUUCUAUAAACUUAUUAAUGUAUUAAAAGAACCGCCCCGAAAAGAAUCAAAAAAUUGACCCCUUUGCACAUUUUCUUUGAUAAUCUCCUCUGCGGCAGGAGGCAGCUAAAGCGACACUCUAUUCUCACAAGCUUCGCAGUAAUGGCUCCCCGAGGAAGACCCAGAAAAAGGUCAACAAGAAUGUACGCAGCGAUUGAUGCGAUGCGGAAUCUGGGUUUCGAUGAGGAAGUCGUUGUCCAAACGGUGAAACAACUUCUCGGUAUCUAUGGUGGAGAAGAUGGUUGGCCAUUUAUUGAGGAGUAUGGUUACAAGGAGCUCAUAGAUGCAAUUCUUCGUGAUUCAGAGACACCUAGAGAAGGAAACUUGGAGAAGAAUGAAUCUUUGCAAAGUGAAGCACCUAAUGCAAGGGCUGAAGAUGUGGCAGGAUCAUCAUCAAACACUGCUCCAGAAAUGGUAUGCUCAGAAGUUGGUGAUUUUGCACCAGAAGGAGAGAACAUCAGCAUUGUCAAAUCACCAUCUUCAAGUACUUGCACUAAUAAUGUGAACGCUGGACAUAUGCCCCUUGUUAGUGAGGAUGAAAUUGGUUUAAAAGAAACUGGGGAGCACCACAGUGACCAAUCAACCUUGAUUCUUAAGGAGGGGUCUAAAGAUAACUCCAUUUCAAGUGACCAAACAACCAUAAACCUCAUGGCCAAGAUAUCUGCUGUCCCGGCCCCACUUGAGCCUCCUUUCAAGAUUCAGGAGAAUCCAGUUUGUGAGAAGAAUCUGCAGCGCGCUGCAACUGCUGAAUGUCUUCUGCCUUCAGGUUCUUUGCAGGCCCCACAUGCUAAAAGCCACAUGCCUACACAUUCUUCGCGGGCCCCGCAUACUAAAAGCCCCAUGACUACGCAUUCUUCGCGGGCCCCGCCUGUUGAAUGUCUUGUGUCAACACCUUUUUCGUGGGUCCCACCUGUUGAAUGCCAUGUGUCUACGUCUUCCUCGCGGGCCCCGCCUGUUGAAUGCCUUGGGUCUGCGUCUUCUUCGCGGGCCCCGCCUGUUGAAUGCCUUGGGUCUGCGUCUUCUUCGCGGGCCUUGCCUGUUGAAGGCCUUGUGUCCGCGUCUUCUUCGCGGGCCCUGCCUGUUGAACGCCGUGUGUCUGUAUCUUCUUCGCAGGCCUCACCUGGUGAACGCCUUGUGCCUGCAUCUUCUUCUCAGGCCCCGCCUGGUGAACGCCUUUUUUCUGCAUCUUCUUCGAGGGCCCCGCCUGUUGAACCCCUUGUGUCUGCACCUUUGCAGGCCCCACCUGUUCAUCCCCCAAAAGUUUCUCCACAGCCUGUUGCUUCUCAUCCGCCAAGGAGACGCUUCCCAUGUUAUGGUUGGAUCGAUAGUGAUGACGAGGAUGAACCUGAACUCAUGUAUUUGCCACGAGUGGGGCCCGCAGAUUGUCCGACACAGUUUGGCAAGCAUGGAACGAACAAUGUGGGGGUUAAACGCCAAUCAAGGUGGGAUCAAAAACCUGAAAAUGUCUAAUCUCUAAACACAGUCUCUUGACCCUCUUCUAUAAAGCUUUUAACUCUAUGAACACUAACUAAUGUAAAUAAGGUACUACCGUACUACUUCAAGGUUGAAAAGCUUUGAUAGGCUGAUAGCUGUUUAUUGAGAUGAUUGUGGGAAGAUGAUAUCUUUAUAUAAUA